AUGCCAAGUGUUAAUGAGUGUAUUCGAAGGUGUUUGGCUCGUGCAGGUGGACGUGUAGAUGAUGACGAAACAAUUCUUAAAAGCCGUCUAGAAUAUCAUCGAGAAAAUUGUGUACCAAUUAUUGAAUACUAUGAGAAGAAGGGUUUAGUUGUACAUAUCAACGGAGAUCAAAGUAGGGAGGAUGUGCGUUAUGAAGUUAUUCGCAAACUUGACCCACUAUUUUAUCCCCAGGUCCCACAUGCACAAAAAGCGCCAGAAACGAAGUAG